CGGCGGCGGGGCAGCGAGGCUGGCGGCGGCGGCGGCGACAUGGACAGCGGGGCCUACGGCGCGGCCAAGGCGGGCGGCGCCUUCGACCUGCGGCGCUUCGUGGCGCAGCCGCAGGUGGUGGCGCGCGCCGUGUGCCUGCUCUUCGCCCUGAUCGAGUUCAGCUGCAUCUUUGGGGAAGGCUACAGCAACACGCACGAUGGGGGCCAGGAGUACUGCGUGUUCAACCGCAACGAGGACGCGUGCCGCUACGGCAGCGCCAUUGGCGUGCUGGCCUUCCUGGCCUGCGCGGGCUUCCUGGUGGUGGACGCCUACUUCCCGCAGAUCAGCAACGCCACCGACCGCAAGUACCUGGUGGUCGCUGACCUGCUCUUCUCAGGGUGUGCUCGCCUCGCUGGCCUACCAGCGCUACAAGGCCGGUGUGGACGACUUCAUGGAGAACUACGUGGACCCCAGCCCCGCGCCAGGCACGGCCUACGCAUCCUACCCUGGGGCUUCCGUGGACAACUACCAGCAGCCUCCCUUCACCCAGACGGCCGACGCCACCGAGGGCUACCAGCCGCCCCCCGUGUACUGAGCGCACCCCCUCUCCUCAGGGCAUUCUUAAAGGGUCUUUCGCCCGAGUGUCCGGCCACUGCUACCCCCGCGCCCACUGCCCCGCGAGUGCCUUAACUGCAGCCUUGGCCGCACUCCGGCCCUUGGGGUGCUCUGCCAAAGACGGGGCUGUGCCGGCCUGGGGCUCAGCUCCUCCUCACUCAGGGUCCCCCCACUCCUCUGGCUUGCUCAGGUGUGGGGGUACCACAGCCUGGGACUGCCUUCCCAGCAUGGCCAGUGCCUUCCAGGGCCCCGGGUAGCACCCACGCAUGCCUCGGGCUGGGGUGCAGGGGUCACCCGCUUCACGGUGUUGUAUGCUCUGCAGGCUGGUGGGCAGGUAUGGACCCUCAGCCCCCUGCCGCUCUGAAUGUAUGAAACGCCUUGUGGGGGCUUGCGGGCGCCCUGAUUCUGACUGGGAGAUGGAAUAAAUGUGUUUUUCUCA